ACAGACAGUUCAAAAGUGAAACAAGUGCGGUACGGUUCGGAUUUUCCCUGGUCGUCGUCUGCUUCGUGGUCGCCGCUGUGCAUUUACAGAUACGCCCUCGGCGCCCAAGCUAGUGACUAGCUAGGAGUAUCUGGAGUUCCGGUGCAAAACCACCGUGGCCUGGUGUGCAUUCGGUAACAGGGCAGGGGAGCUAUAGUAGUGAGUCAUCUCGAAACAUCUUGAAGCGCGUUUACCGCCUCAGAAAUCAGGAAGGAAGUAGUUUGCAAAUCUUACCGAAAGUCAGUCUAGCAGCACCCUUAACGGGGGUGUGCGUCCGAGAACCAUCAUAAGGUUUAAGAAGCAAAGCCAAGUAAAUUCGAGAAGAAGCGCAAUCCUCUGUUCGCGGCAAAUCUCCAGACACUGAAGAAAGGGUGUGCAUAGAGGAGAUAGAUCUGCGAAGCUGCACGACUCGUCUGAGCAUACAUUGCAGAGCGAAAUUAGAACCGUCCGCGCGGGUCCAAAUCAGUGUGCAGUGUACGUGUACUAAUAGUGUGAGCAUAAUCAUACCUAUAGGCCAUAGAGGCAUAGCAUAUGCUUCUUCUGCAGAAGAAUUAGAAGAAGAAGAAGAAGCGUAAAGAAGUAAAGUGUGCAUUUCAUUGGUGCAUACAUGUGUAUUGUGGCCACGCAACAACGGUAGUUGUGAGGUUUCGUCAAGCCCGUUCUGCGAAAGGCAAUCACUGCGAGCGAAGGAAAACGUCAGGAAAAACGGGAAUCGUCGUGUGCAAUAUUUCUCGCGGUCGACCCCACAUCUUCCACCAUAGUGCAGAUAGGUGCAGAGUGGUGUACGCAAACGUGUGUGUUUGUGUGUGUGUGUGUGACGAGCAAGAGGAGCAGCAGUGUGUGCAGCAUACAAAUCAAAGAACGCAUUGCUGAGCUCACGUCCCAUCGCUUCUCAACGCAAACAACCCUUGGAGUUCGACUAGAUGAAAUAGAAGACGACGGAAAAGAAGCAAUAGAGAGUGAGAGAGUAUAACAGUGUGUGUGUGAGAGAGUGACAACGAAACUUGAGAUCAAGAAAGGAAACAGCAAAAACAGGAGGUUCAUCAUCACCAACCAUCUAGACGGGAAUCCACGAGAGGAGUUGUUCGAAGCAGACAUUCAAACGCUCCUGCGAACUAAAUUGAAGAACGUGUAACCAAGGUCCAACUGGACGACAGUGACAAGUGUCGGAGUGAGCGAGACCAGCCGCAGCUGUACGAGUCGCACCGUUCGGAGCUUGCUGGCUUCAGCAGUACCAGGAACGUUGUCCGAGCUGGCCGCAGUAGCAACGGCACCGGCACCAACAUGAUUGACGCCCACGGUAACGCUUUACCUCCGCUCAGUCCCUCCAGCAACAACAACACCACGACCGAACUGGAGAAUGACAAACCGAUGCUACCGAUGACACCCGCAAAAGCGCUUGAUUAUCAUGGAGUACACUUGACGGAUUUUGAAAAACAGGAAAUUGAGAAGUACAAGGAAAUAUACUAUCUCGGGCUGGACGCACGCAAAAUCAACGCAAAAGCAGGGAUCGGUCCAAACUCUGGGUUCGAUGACGAAAACGGAUGCUAUCAGAAGAUUGUACACGAUCACAUCUGCUACCGGUACGAGAUCCUGGAGAUCAUUGGCAAAGGCAGUUUCGGUCAGGUGAUCCGGGCGCUGGACCACAAAACCAAGCAGUACGUGGCAAUCAAGAUCAUCCGCAAUAAGAAGCGCUUCCACCAUCAGGCCCUCGUCGAAGUUCGGAUACUGGACGAGCUACGGAAGAAGGAUGCGGACGGAAGCCACCAUGUCAUACACAUGCUCGAUUAUUUCUACUUCCGCAACCAUCUCUGCAUCACGUUCGAGCUUAUGAGCCUCAACCUGUACGAGCUGAUCAAGAAGAACAAUUACCAAGGAUUCAGCCUGAGCCUCAUCAAGCGGUUCUGCAAUUCGAUCGUCAAGUGUUUAAGAUUUCUCGACGAGUUGGACAUUAUUCACUGUGAUCUGAAACCGGAAAACGUGCUACUAAAGCAGCGUGGCAGCAGCACGAUAAAGGUCAUCGAUUUCGGCAGCUCGUGCUUCUCGGACCGGACCGUCUACACCUACAUCCAGUCUCGGUUUUACAGGUCGCCGGAAGUUAUCCUCGGUUACCCGUACGACAAAGCGAUCGAUAUGUGGAGCUUAGGUUGCAUUUUGGCCGAGCUGUACACAGGUUAUCCACUAUUCCCGGGCGAGAAUGAAGUCGAGCAGCUAGCGUGCAUAAUGGAAAUAUUGGGCGUACCGUCAAAGGAGAUAUUUCAGCUGGCGACCAGGAAACGGCUAUUCUUCGAUUCACGAGGAGUUCCACGGUGCAUAACCAAUUCGAAAGGACGCAAAAGGAAACCGGGAUCGAAGACUCUGUCGCAAGCGCUGCGAUGCAACGAUACCGUGUUCAUCGAUUUCGUCAGCAAAUGCUUGGAGUGGGAUCCACAUAAGCGUAUGACACCCGAACAGGCGGUACGCCACGAAUGGCUCCAGGUGAGCGCAUCGAAGGCGUACUUCGGAUCCAAGUCCAAGGAAAGCAGCGACACGCAGCUGAACUUUCUUCACAAACAGCAACGAUCUCAGCCAAUGACACCGAACACCAUCCUGCCAGAGAUAAAGACUCCCUCCAACCGAACGUUGCGGUUUACCAAAGAGCGCGUCAAAGCAACCGAUCUCGAAACUGCACAACAGCAAUCCUCACUACAUCGGUUAACCAACAUCCGGAAAGUGACUGCCACAGGCCUAACGAACCUUACCAACAACAACAGCCAUGGUCUCAGCCAUCUUCACAGUGGUGGUGGAGGUGGGAGUGGCAGCAGCAACAACAACAACAACCACCAUCACGGCAUCAGCACCAGCGGCAGUACGCAGACAAUAAACGGAACGUCCAAGUACGCGUCUUCCACAUCGUCCGCGCACCACCACCAUCAUCAUCACGGCAAUGCGAUGCCCCACUCGCAGAGUACUGGCGAUGUGUCGGCCAUCUUUGGUCGGGCAUGACAUGAGACGUUGACCCGUGCAAAGGACACCAACAAAAUCAUAAGUCUCAUCUAGGGCGCGACCUGCUUGUUUCGCAAGAAGUAGUUGAAGCGCAAGGACAGAGAGCCGUAGCUAGCAAAAGAGCAACCGUGAAAUGAAAAAAGCCCAACGGGAACGGGCUCCCAGACACGACAUGCUUCUUAAGUUCGCGCUUCCAAUCCCGAUGCAAAUGGAAUGUGUUGGUCCGCCAUCCAUCCAUCCAUCCAUCAAAGAGACGAUGAUGCGUUGUGUGUGUGAUCGAUGAUCUUCUUCGUGUUCCGACGAUAAAGGUACUGCUGCUCUACGGUGGGCUGUGGGUCGAAAGGUAUUCCACAGCUUAGCCGGAUUUUGACUGUGACGCAUCUAUUAAAACGAAUACUAAGCCUAAGUAAGGGGUAGCUUUGUAACGUAGAGAGAGAAAGAGCGAGAGAGAGAGAGAGAGAGAGAGAGAGAGCUAGAUAGAGAGAGUGUGUAGUUUCAAAAGCGGGGCGUUAACUCGAUUUAGUUGAUUUACCCGUUUGUUUUUGGCGCAGCUAUUGCGUGGCCAAAGCGUAAACAAUGUGGUGCAAAAAAUCCUACUGUCCGCCAUAAGACAAUUUCCAAUGCGAGGAACAAGAAGAAGAGAACAAAUUCUAGUGAACCGCGCACCGUAGCGAGGUCGAUGGCCGCGAAUAUAGGAUUCCCUUGUAGAAAAUCCUUAACCGAAUCAUAGCCCUAGCAGAGGACAGAUGUAUUCUUUAUAUAUACAGGCUUAAAUACGCAUACAUAUACAUAAACAUAUAUAUAUUUAUUACGAUAUAACAUGGACAUUUGUGUACGUGUGUAUGGUAAUUGGCUAGGAAUUGAUGUUGUAUUCUAGGGAAGCUCAGCCACACAGGGCGAAGGGAAGGGUAAUGGAAGACAUCGUCUUCAGCAACUCCAGGCCAGAUAGCUUCGUCUCAGUGAUGUGCAGCGAGUAGAUGGAAACGACUGAGGAGGGAGAGCCGAAAUCGAACGAAAGCUAGCGACUAAUCAUUAAUCUGUAAGUACACCAUUUUCCUUCUUCUGCGACCCGUGUCCGUUUAGCGCGUACCGUAUAAUAAGGUUCCAUUUUGCUUUCCCCUGUUCCGAUUCCGUUCCGUAUGUGUUUGUUUGGUUGUUGCGAUGAUGUUGAAAACAGCGAAAAGAAAAAUCAUGCGCUGUCUUUUUAGAGCUUAUGAAAUACGGAACUGCCACGGCACGAAAAAGGCCCGGGUUUCUGCUCUCAGCCAGCUGCCAUUAUUUUAGUGGGCAGAUUAUUAGACGGAAGGGCAACACGCACGAUAGAUCCCCUAAAUGUCCUAAAAUUCGCCUUUUUUAUUAUCUCCCGUAGUGUAGGGCAACUGAUAUGGCAUGAACGGAGUGACCGCAAGCCAGAAGGAAACAAUAAUUAUGUGUAUAACAAAAAUCUUUUAAUCAAAAACAGAUACACAAACACUUUCAGGAGCGCUGGGUCGUACUUGUAAUCGUAUUUGUUAAUAGCGGACGAAUUCGAAAGAAAAAUCAAAUCGUCGUCAUGAAGGUAAAUCAUUGUACCUUUUACUACACUCACUGUAUAGUUUUACAUGCCAGAUACAGAUUUGGUAUAGCAUUCGAGAGUAAGAGUCAACGAAAUGGAGCUCACACGUACGCCAGAAAGACAAGAAAGGCCAAAGAGUGCCAGUAGACAAAGAAACAGACAAGACCGUGGAUAUGGGUAAAAGGGGGAGGAAAGUCAAAUGUGAAACGAUAGUAGGGGUGAUGAUAGUAAGAAUAUAUAAAAAGAAUAAAGUUUUAAACUCAUUAACAAUGUACGGAAAACCAUCCGGUGGUAGAUGGAGGAAGUACUUUAUAA